GAGCAUACCGGAGAAACCACGGAAGAAGUGAGCGGGAGAGGACCCGAUCGGGUUUCAGAAUCCCGAAUCAAUCCGAUUGUCCCUCCCAAGACGUUCUACGGCCAGAAGGCUGCUGCAACGAUCGAAGAGGACAUGCAAGAUCGCUUGAAACGAUUCUCGUUUCCCACUGUAGCUGAAGGAGAGUCAGAAAUCCCGGGCCAAGGAGCCAAGAAAAGAGUCAAAAAACCUCGCGGGACCAAGGCGUCGAAAGUUGCGUCGAGAGGCAAAACCAGCGGCAACCCAAUGGAUCGCUUCAAGAUUCUGGCGCCGAGAACCGGUGUUCUCGAACAGAGUAAAGAACCCAGAACGCCCGGAGCGAAUAAGUUCUUCAAGCAUUCUCGACCAAUGCCCAAGUGUGCUUUCGCCAUUAUCGGUGGGGUCCUGAAGCUGAGAGAGAACAUCGAUGAAAAAUCGCGCGGCAAAGGCGUUAUUUACGCUGAUCAGAACAAAAGAAGGAAAACCCAAGUGUCUACUUUGGUGGCCAAAUGCGAUGCUCCAGCGAGGCAAGUCGAACCGCAGAAGGUCCAUACCCCCCAUCUCGGGAAACGGAAGUCGAACCGUUAUGAAGCUGAAGAAGUUCUCAAACGGAAGAAAGUUUCCACAAUGAGCGACAUUCAAGACGAGGAACCCGCAGGAAACAGUUUUCUUGAUGCCUCAUCGAUCGGCGGCGAGGAGUCCCAAAUAGUGACGAACACGAGUGGGGUCAACAAUCGACCACGGCAUACGCCGGCCUUCACGCCUCGAGAAAGCGUCAACGUUUCACAUGACGUUACCAUCCUCCGUCCUGAAGAGGAGGAAAUACACGCAGGCACAGUCGAACCCGGACCAUCUCAUGCAGAGGAACCGCAAGAAUGUGAUGCGGACGGAGAAAUGCACGGAUCGACCGAAAUCGGGUCCGGAAUUCCGACUCGAGAGCCAAGUCCGGCGUCCGACGAUUCUUCGCGAGAUCUCACCCCCGUUCCCUGUGAUGUCCCUCUCAUGUCACCGUCACCAUCUCAGGCCUCGCGGCCGCGCAGGUCGUCCGCGAAAGUUCCGCCACCGAGCGAGGUUUACGAUCCUUCACAAGAUGCUUUUGGUUUCGCUCGUAUGCAACCCACGCGGCGGGGCUGCUUCCGGAAUCCGUUCAUGGAGUUGACGUCGCCCACGAAGAAACCGAAGGAGCUCACGCCAAAGAUUUCGGUUUCGGGCGACGAUCAGCCCUCUAUAGUGGAAGCUCUCGAAAAGAGCAUGAAAGAGCGUGUCACUUCCACGCCGAGUAAAAAAGGCGCGCAGGCCUCAUUCCUGGGCACCGGCGAAGCUCCCCCUCCGAUUACAUCAACUCCUUGGGAAGCGAAACAGAAUCCAGUCAGGCAUUUCUACGGAGCUUCGACUUCGGCGAGCUGCGACGGCUUCAGGAGUUUCAGCAGACUCAUCGAUCGCUCAGGAUCGAAACAGCUCCAAAUAGACGCGGGUCAAAAGAAAUUUGGAGCAUCCGAGUGCAAGACUUGUGGUAUGGUCUUCUCUCAAGGAGAAGCCGAAGAGGAAAGGGAACAUCAAAAAUUCCAUAAACAAAUGGUCUCAGCUCUCCAUAUCAAGCCAGUGCAAAACGCUCAAGUACUCGACGUCGUUCCGAAUUUCGGUCGCGUGCUACUAGUCACCGCGGGCGACACCAAGCAGCUCAAGGAGAGGCUGGCGGAUGCGAUAGAGUUCGCCAAUAAAAUCGUAGGAUUGGAUCAGGAUGCCGUGACGGCGGACUUCGCCACGCAUCCUGACAGGAUGUAUGCGAUAUUCGUGAAGGACUCAGGGGAUAUCCUGUCCAUCCUGGGGACAGAACCCGCUGAACGGGCACAGAGGACGCUCCCCGGGCAGGGACUCCUGAUUGACUCCGAGAAAUACUAUCCAGCCAGACGGUCAAUAUUCUUCGUGUGGACGGUCCCGAAUUCCCGUCGGAAAGGGUUGGCCGCUCUCCUCUUGUACAGAAUGCGAGCCUUCCUCGCGGACACGGGUUGUGAUCCUCUUAGUUUUGAUGAGAUCGCUUUCGCUGACCUCACACCGGACCUCCAUAAGUUUGUCAUCGCGUUGUCGGGCAAAGAUACCGUGUUAGUUACAUCAUAG